UCCUAUGCUAUGAGAUCCAGGAUGCUGCAGGUCUUUCACUUCUCUAAUGUUACUCUUUCCUCCUCAAAGCAAGCAAAUUCACUGGUAGAAUAGGUAGAAUAAGGUAGAAUAAACAAACAAACAAAAAAACAAACUCUGCUCUGCCCUGGCUGGAUUUAUAUUACAUUUUUCCUUCUUUUUUAACUCUUGAAUUGGUAUUUAGCAUGCAAAUUAGGUAGAUAAAUGUGUGGUGAGCCCCUGUCUUUCAUACCCAACCUUCUCUCUCCCUCAUUUGUGCCACCAUUGUCACUUGGCUGUGUGAUGGCCUGCCAGCAGCUCUGCUGUAAGCUGCGCUGCUUUGUGAAGAGCUCCUGUGGGGGUCUUUCUUGUCUUUGGCAAACUCUUCAUAAAGAGUAUUUUCUGCAGUGUGCCAGCAGCUCUUGGCACGGAUUCAUCAGCUCACAGUGACUUGCAGAGCGGAUACUUAAUAGUCAUCCCCUGUAGCUUGGCAGUAGCUGAGAUGGAUAAUGCAGCCUCCAAGUUGCUCCUUGCAUGUUAGGCUUCUUCUGCGUGGCAAACUCGGAAAGUCCAAUUUAAUCCAUAUAAACCAGGGAAAGAAAAAAGAGAAGAUCCAUCUUGCGCUUCGAAGGAUGUUUUGUCAACUUUACUACUAUUGAGAGAAUAAGAAUGUUUCAAGCAGAGAAAUUAGGAGAGGAUAGAUCCAACAAGCUGAUACCGCUGAGCCUUCAGUGCAGGAGGAGGAAAGGAGGAAGAACGGAGGAACUGCCUCAGCUUUUGUCAGUCAUGUCAAGCAGGGAGAAGGAUGUGAAGAUGGGUGUCCCUGACGCACCAUAGGCUGUUGCUGUAGGAAAACAUGCCACUCCCCAGACUCAGGAUAACCCUAAAUCUCAAACACGUCAGGACACAACGAUGCCCCCCACAUACCGGGCUACUUUACCCUAAUUCAUUUUCAGCCUUUCCCUCCUCUUCCUUCCAAUCAGCCAUGCUUCCCUUCCUGUUCGCAGCACACAGGACAAGUGCUUCAGCUCCUCAGCCCUUAGGGCCUGCUGCAUAAUACUGAAUGCUCUGCAGAAAAACCCCGUGGCACCCUUGGAUCUUGAGCCGCUGUCCAGAGGGGUCCCAGAAGCAAGUUCCCACACAAAAGGAGUUCAUCACCUGAGGAUGUGGAGCUAAACCACUUUCACGAAAUGAAAAAUUGUUGUUAAAAAUUUGGUCCGGACUUUGUGGGGUUUUUGUGGUGUUGUUCUGGGACCAAACUGCAAGGGCAGGAGGGCAGCAGCGAGAGUGCAGUUUUUGCCCAUGUGGAGAAGAAAAGGCAUUUCUUGUGUUCCGUGCAAGUGAACCUUUCCAAGGAGUUCUUUUUCAUGAAAAAUGGACGCCUGGCUCAGAGUAAAGGACAUGCAGUGCACAAUCCCUAGCAGAAGCUGAAAAUGGAUGAUGUCUACUGAUGCUUUUCAAUGAUGUCAUCUCCUCUUUUUCUGUUUGAGAUGGGUGAUAGGAAAAUGUUCUAAAAUAAGACUGAGUGACCUCUUCAUCCCUUGACUUCUCUUUCCACGAGCCGAAAAACUGCCUGAAGAAAUGACCACUCAGCUACCAGAGGAGUCUGUGGAGACCCAGAGCUCAGAUGAGCUCGAGUGCAAGAUCUGUUACAACCGCUAUAACCUGCGGCAGAGAAAGCCAAAAGUGCUGGAGUGCUGUCACAGAGUGUGUGCCAAAUGCCUUUGCAAGAUCAUAGACUUUGGGGAUUCCCCACAAGGAGUCAUAGUGUGCCCGUUCUGCAGGUUUGAAACGUGCCUGCCGGACGAUGAGGUCAGUAGUCUUCCUGAUGACAACAACAUCCUUCUGAAUUUGGCUUGUGGGGGAAAGGGAAAGAAGUGCCUACCAGACAACCCAACAGAACUGCUGUUGACUCCCAAAAGGCUGGCAUCUCUGGUUAGCCCUUCUCACACCUCUUCCAAUUGCCUGGUUAUAACAAUCAUGGAAGUACAAAGAGAAAGUCCCCAGACUCUGAACUCAACGCCCGUGGUGGAAUUUUACAGGCCUACAAGUUUUGACUCUGUUGCAACUGUGUCCCACAACUGGACAGUGUGGAACUGCACAUCCUUGCUCUUCCAGACCUCGAUUCGGGUGCUAGUGUGGUUGCUAGGGCUGCUGUACUUUAGCUCCUUGCCUUUAGGGAUUUAUUUACUGGUAUCCAAGAAAGUCACCCUUGGGGUUGUCUUUGUGAGCCUUGUUCCUUCGAGCCUUGUUAUUCUCAUGAUUUACGGCUUUUGCCAGUGUGUUUGCCAUGAAGUUCUAGACUGCAUGUCAUCUUGAUAACAAAUACAGUAAAAAAAGGUGUAUUACCAGAUGUGUAGCAUAGUUGAUCUAUCCUGGUUUUGUAUUCUUUGUACUCUUAUUUAUUCUUAUUGUCCAUCCCACUAAAUGGAAGCAGUUACAUGGUCCCUUUUUUCCCAACUGAAUUUGACGCCCCGCACCCCAAGCAUUUUUUGAGCUAAGAACUGGAAAUAAAAAUUGCAUGUUGAUUUUGAAGGGCUGAAUUUUAGAAAGGAAUAAAGCCAAAUCACCAAACUUGGUGCCUCCUGCUGCUGCCACUGUUCAAAUGAGUAGGACUUUGCUUUGUAUUGGACUGAUCAAGUUAGUUCAUUCUGUAGGAUUCACCCAAGAAAAAAUUACUGCAGCAGACACCUUCCAGAUGCAAGUACUGCAUCUCUUCACCCAAAGCAUCUCAUGCUCUGAAAUACCUGUUAUUUAUAAUCCAUCAUCAUUUAUAGCAAAUUAAAUUACUCUAUUAGUUAACAGUCUAAGAAGAAUUAAACAAACUACCAAUUUUUUUAGUUCUUGCUACAGCAAAAAUACUUGUGGGAGGCCAAUAUUUUUUUUUGAAUGUUAAAAACUUGUCUCCAGAACACUUUCCCCAAAGAGAAGCCCGUUUUUCCUUGUCAUACAGUUGCAGCUCACUGUGAAAUAUUCCUGCUAAUGAGUACUUCUGGGGACCCAGCCCUGUGCUUGAUGUUCUCCAGGUGCACUUUUUUUUAGUGUACACACCUUCGGCUUCCUUUUGAGGGCUCAGAGCUCUGCAGAUUUCUCUAGCUAUGUUCUGUUAUGCUUACCUUCCCUCUCAGCAUUUCCACCACCACCACAUUUCCAGGCCACCAGUCCUUCCUAAUGGACGACCAACCUCAUGCACGUGUACUCUGUGGUAGCUGCGCUGGAGAAUUUGGCUUAUGUGACUUUAGCUCUCAAGAUGGACUUUUAUUCCCAACCAUUAGGAAACAGAUCUUCAAUCAGUAAUACAAAUUCAAGGAAAAAAAUCUGAAAUGGUUAACUGGGGUUUUAUUUGGUUGUUUUUUUGGGUUUGUUGGUUUGUUUGUUUGUUUGUUUUUGUUCUGAGUUCACAAAUGAUCACUGUAAGGAGAUAAUGUGACUUUGGGAAGAUUUUUGUUUAAGGCAUAGUCCUUUAAAAUGUUUUAAUACUCUGAACUCCCCCUGUCACCACUGUGAGUUGAUGGCAAUCUAGAUGUGGCAAUUAGCAUGUCUCCAUUAGUGGAGCUCAGAGGAAUUACUGAUACUUUACCAUUCCACAAAUAGAACCAGGCCCUGUAAGGCUUGCUUGUAUUUUGCAUGGUUUAGGCUAUUUUUUGAACUACUGGAAGAACACAAAAAUAGGUAAUAUUUAAUGUUUAUGUGUAUAACUAGGUCUAGCAACACCGCAGCUGCAAACUGGUUUUCUUGUGCACAGCAGAGUGGAGUUGAGCAGUGCAAGCCUGGUUUUUGGGUUUGGCACAAGACUUAGUAAUUUCAGGGCAGUGUAAAAGGGAGAGGGGUUUGUUGCAUGAAAAUUGAAUGUAUGGCCUAACAAUAUACUCUUAGAGCAAACAGACUUUGGUAAGAAUGAAAAAAUGACAGUGGGAAAAGCAGAGCCUGUCAAGAGGAUUUGAAGUUAAGCUGGUUCAAUUUUUGUAGACAGCACAGGUGGUAUCUGCAGUUUUAUUCCUAUUGCAAACAGAGAAAAUGUGGAAAUGUAAAGGUCCUGCUUUUCUUGACCCUCAUUUUCUAAUAGUGCGUAUAUAUGUGUGUGUAUGUACGUAUAGACACAUAUGUGAGAAGAAAACUUACAGCCAAAUCAUAGUUUUCAAGUGUAUGGAGUUAUGGAGCUAUGUAUUGAAUGAUUAAAGGAAAUGUUUCAGACUUUUCUGUAAUGACAAUAAUUAUACCUAAAAUAUUUUCAGAAUUCCUAGAAAAUGCUGUUCCUAAGUAGUUGUUUUUAAUGUUUGUGGUAAAGCACAUGUAGUUAGAAGAGGAAUCGUCUCCAGUCAAGGUUUGACUCAUCUAUGAACUCAUAAAUUUUAAGUAUCCAACAACAAUCAUGUCAAAAAAGAAAGAAAAAUAAAAACCUAUGUGGUUUUAUAGAACUUCAUGACUUUUGGAAAGAUGUAUUUGUAGUGUUAGGGGUUUAUAUGUUUUAGAAUUUGUUCAAUUUGUCUGAAUAUAGUGUCUCUAAUAAAGGGCUAACAGAGGAUAUAGGUUUUGCAAAUGUGUGAUAUAUAUGAAUUACCUCUGCACGACAUGCUCUACAGUGCUACCUGUUGUUUUUUCCUUUUGAUUUUCAGCUGAUUAUCUUAGCUCCAGCACCAGGUAUUUUGUACUCUGUUUUAAAACAGCCUAAUUGUAGCAAAAUUACAGUGGUAUCAGUUACACAUCACAGCACAAAUUAAUACACCUAUUGUUAUACUUCUCUACUUUUCAGACUGCCAGCCCAUUAAAUUUAUGCUGUUAUUCCAGGCUGUGCUUCAUUUCUAACCCACUCAAAGAUGCAAGCCUGCAAAAGCAUAUUGAUUGUACAGCUAUGCUGCCACUCAGCCAGAGCAUGCUAUUGCAACUUUGGGGUCAUAAAAUACCUAUAUGACUUACAAUAUGGCCAUUGAGAAUUGCUGGGAGAUAAAUCUCAAUUAUUUGUGGAGAAUAAUUUUUGCUGUGUGACUGAGACUGGAAGAACUUCAGAUACUACUUUUUCCUUAUUUUUAUUCUGUACCAUCCUUUAGACUUUGAACUGAAAGCUCUUGUGUCCUCUGCAGUGGAAUAACCGUGCUGAAAUCAAUGUAAAUGGGGCUAAAAUCAAGACUAGCUUACUUCUCUGCCUGGUUUUCCUUCCUUUUCUCUGACUGUUUUUCUCUCCUUGGAAAGUAAUGGCUCCUGAGGUUGUAAAAUGCUGCCUGCACACUAAGGCAAUUUCCUUUCAGUGGGAUUUAUUCCUGCUAUGCCCAGACAUGACUCAGCCAAGUACAAAGUGCUGGAAAUUCAUUACUACAGGAUUAAUUUAGACCGAAUGAGAUUUUUUGUUUUGUUUUGUUUUUAAUUCCUGCUUAUCCUAUGGAUGCAGGCUCUAUCCUUGCCAGCUGCCCAUGCACAGUAUGAUAUUGUGGUAUCCCCUGAGGGCUGGGGCAGGAUGAUGCAGGAGCAGCUGCUGGGCACAGCUUAGGAAGGAUGUGCUGAGCUGGGCCAUCCUGUGAGCAGGAUGAAGGUGAGGGAGGAAGCUCUGCAGGUGUGGCUUGAGCCCGGAGCCCAAAGGGCAAUUAAGAGAGCGUGGGUCAACAGAGCCUGUGGGCUCUUACGUAGGAAGUGGGGCUGGGUUGGGCUGCCUGAGAAGCUGACCAAAGCAGAGAGGGGAGGUUUGUCUAUGCCUGGGACAAAGGGGCUGUUUUGGAUAAAUAUUUUGGGGUAGAGCUGCUGCAAACAGUUUAAUGUUUUCUAUACUGACCUUUCUGUGGUUUAAAAUUCAUUUGGUAAUUAAAUUAAUUCCCUGCUGUUAUUACAGUUGAGUGCAUUUACUUUCCAAAUGGCAAAGCAUUGAACUUCAUUCUCAUUUAAAUGGAUCCUUAGAUUUGGGCAUAAUCCCACUGUUAUGUUAACUAUUUAAAGCUACAGGACUGGCCAAAAUAAAGGCUGAUGAAAUUGAUUUAGCUGCAUUGUGAGCUUUGGUGGGUCCUGCUAUAUUGAUUAUAGGCCCACUAAACUGUAUGUGCUAGUAUGAAACACUUAAAAUAGGCAAACUCUUGUCCUGAUAACAUUAUUGGCAAACUUCAGGGUUGCCAGUAUUUAACAAUGUACCCGAAAAUAGACCCUUCCAAACAGCCUUGAUUACCUGAAGGUACAGAUAAGUUGCUCAGAGCAUGAUGCUGAUAACACUAAGGUCAUGGCUUUGAUCCCUGUGUGGACCAUUCACUUGAAAGUUGGACUCCGUGAUCUUUGUGGGUCCCUUGCAACUCAGAGAAUUCUCUGCUUCUGCGGACUCAGCAGCACACAGCCAGAUAGACAAGCACAGAACAGGAAAACACAGCUUUCCACCUAAGUGGCUACACUUCACCCUGAGGAAGAGGAACUGAGGAGGUUCACAGGAUGGUAGAUGAUGUUUUUGAGGGAGUUCCUUGUUAUUUGGUACAGGGCCGUUGUUCUUCUUAAUUUUAACCAGUUCUAAUGGUAGGUUCAACUCACUGCUCCUACUUUUCUGCCCCCUCUCAUGAAACAAGUGUACAUGAGCUGUGGAUAAAGAAUAUUUUGAAAUGAAGCAAUCUUUUCUACUACAGAGUUUGCAGCCCAGUGCAUCAGGGCAAGGCUAAUACUGAAAAUAUGGCAACUUGGAGCCAGGAUGCGAGAGUCAACAGGGUGCAGAGGGUAAACAGGAGCAUACUCUUGAAACAGUUUUGAUGUCAAAGCAAGGAAAACAUGGGGCUGUAUCCUACCUUGUCUUGGCUGGUUCAGAGUUACUGAGAGGGUGUCUGAAGUCUGAGCACCUGAGCUGCCCCAAGCAUGGCUCAGCACCCACCCCUGCAUUACCUCUGGGACAGUUCACUUCAGCUGUGCAUCUUGAUUUCUUGCACAGGAGUUCCACAUCAUGAUUUCAUCUUCCUGCAGGGAUAGCAGACAGAGUGAAAGAUCCUCAGUGUUACACUUUUAAACAUUUUGACUAUCCUAAGGUUUCUCAGGGUUCGUUUUUUUUUUUUCAUUUCUUCAUAUUUAUUUCUACAAAACAAGACAGUGAACUUUUAGUGCCCUCAAGGAUUAAAAAAAGAGAGAGAGAAAAAUAAAAAAUGGGAACUGAGAAUUUUGAAAUCAUUUUAAGAUAUUCAAAGUAGAAAGAGACCAAGUGUCUUUUUACUUUCAGACUAGAUAUUAUCCUUUGAGUGACACCAGUAAAUAUUUAGUGCUGGCUAUUCCUGAGGGAGUUGAUAAGUCUUCCAGACCUUAAGCACAGACCCCAUACUCCACUACUUUUCUGUAAAGCACCAUUCUUCUUUUGCAUCAACAACCUCUGUCAAAGUUGAAACAUCACAGUUCACAAAGAGUUCUGGCACAAAGAAUAAAUCCCCAGUCUGGGGACAGUAAAUCAUCUUUUUAGAGACACAUGUGACAGUAGCAAAGCUUUCAGUGUUAGACCUUAAACAAAGAGAAGUCAUCUUGCAGUCUGAAUUGCUAGCAUAAAUUUAAUUUUAAAUCAAGUUUCAUUGUGCCGGGCAGCACUACAACUAGAAAAUUUUUUUUUUGUUUUUCUGCCUUUUGCUAUCCAAAUGUGGUUUGCAUUUUAAAAAAUGUAUUAAAUUGUAGAAAUCAGAGACAGAUAGAAAAAAGCCUAAUAAGUAAUGUUAUCCAUUUCCUUCGCCCCUGUAGAGAUGAAUGCUUUGUCUAGUCUGGUUUUAAAUAUCUAAAGUGAUGAGGCCUCCACCUCUUCCCACAAGGGACUUCUCAGCCAUUUAAUAGGCUUCUUUGUUAGAAAAUACUUGCCUCAUACUGAUCCCAUUUUUUUUCUUCUGCAUAAUGUAGUCCCUUUCUUCUGUGCCCACUAUUUUAACUUUUAUGAAAUCUGGGAAAUGUAUCAUAUUUAUCCAUUUCAUACUGUAGCUGAAUAAUUCAUUAUUCUUGUUAUUCAAGUAACAAAAGAUACAAGCAAGCAGUAGCUGAGCAGCUAAUACUUCACUGAGAUGGUGUACCAUGUACCAGUGGGUAUAUUUCCUGGCAAGUCCUGGCUGACACUGCUUUCUGCAUUAGGGAGUGAAAAAUGUCAAGAAUGUCAAGUGAAACUGAAGAAAUGCAUCUUCCCAAGUGCAUGCAUGGCAAUAUUGAAAUUUCAAGAGGUGCUGAGGCGAAGAGCCUACUUCUUUGGAUAGAGCUUUUCUUUCUAAAAGUGGAUGAUUUUAUUAAAAGUACACUUUCAAAAAGCAUUUGAAUUUUCUUUUCAUAAGAAAACCUCUAAGAUGAGAAUCACACUAUGUCAAAACUCUUUAACUUGUUGAGAGACAAGGCUGGAUUGAUUGCCACUCACUGCUAAGCAGUUUUUGCUGACAGCCUCGCUGAGAAGAAAAAAUGAAUCCAGAGUUUGAAAAGAUGCCUUUGCAACUGUGUCACUGGGAUCAGAUCUGUGCAUGAAAAAAUGACUCAUGUUUUGACAACAGUAACUGCAUUUCUGAUUUAAUUACAAUAUAUUAGAUAAUCCUCUGCCUCAUUCAAAGGACAAGAAGGAGCAGUGUGACUAAGAAAAUCCUAGGUGGACAGCUAGAUUUUAUGUGGUUUUGCAUUCAUAAGCUAUUUACUUCAAAAAAGCAGUGCUAUGCUUUAUGCUGACCCUGGGCCAGGUGGGAGGUCUGCUGGGUCUCUCUAACCUCAGAGCUGUAGUGGGUGCACAUAAAAAAGGAAUAUGGAGAGCCUACAUGAUGUAGAGCUCCUCAUAUACCUCCUAAUACAUGGCAAUCCGCAGUUGGAGAUCUCUUGAGAUGGAGUUUGUGCCUGUGGGUUUCAUCCUUGCCUAUGGACUUCUUUGGAUUCCUUUAAAUGUUGUGUUUAACCCACUUAUAGGUGCCCACUAGGCACCUAUAAAUUCCCACAGCAUAGGGUCCCACAAUUUCAUUCUAUACUUGGUGGAAAAGGUCUGCUUGUCUUAAAACCCCCUGAGAUACUUCUGCCCUACUUACUCCAAUAAGGAAAGCAGUUCUGAGGUACGAUGGCGUUGUUUCCUCUACACCUCAGGACUUCCUCUGUCCUUGGAGAUGGUGAAGUCAGGGUUUUAUCCCUCAUACUUCUCCUCAGCUGCCUUCUGUCCAGCCUGUUUGAUCUCUCCUUAGGCAGCAGGCUUUCCACCACCAGCCACUGCACUGGCCUGAACCUUUUCUACUACUUCCUCUUUUUUACUUUGAGGUGGGAUGAAGCAUUCAGAAACAGAUUCUACUUAGUGCCAUUUAUUGAUAAGCCAUGUGACCACAUAAGGUACCUGUACUCCUACAGCCAUGGAAAUGACUUUGUCAUUUUUAUUGGUCCUGACAGCACAUCUGAGGUGUUACACUUGAUUAUUGUUAUUUUAUAUGUUAUAUGGAUAUGCAUUGAUAAACCCACUAACAUGUGAGUUUAUCCUGUGCAUUCUAAUAUCCCUGUUUAAAUUGUCUGGUUCACAUGGGUGCAGGAGAUGGUAGAUUCCAGAGAAUAUUUAAUUUAAUCUUGGCAUAGACUGUAUGGAUUUUAUCUCUGUUAAGCACAUGGCCUAACACUGCUGGACUGAGCAGCAGCUCAUCAUCUCUCCCUGCCAUAAUGGUGGCAUCUACCUCACCCACUUGCUGCAGCCAUCCCAAACUACAGCCUAGAGCCUUUUUUAUUGCACAAAUAUGUUUUUCUUUUAAAGACAUUUUACUGAAUCUUUUAUUUCCUUAAACUCUGUGGCCUUUUUCAUGUCCCUCUUUCUUCAUUCCAAGAAGAGGAGAUGCUCUCAGAUAAAAUUAUUAAUAAUGAUGCUGUUUAGACAGUAAGCCCAUUACAUUGGGUUCUUCAUGUUGCCUAGUAGGGCAAAGGUUUGGAGUCUUUUCCUCCAGAUGUCCUACCAAAUAUAAGCAGGGACCUCAGCAUUUUGCUGUCCUGGGCCUCACAGAAGGCUCCGGUCAGCCCCUGGGGAUCUGCAUGCUGAUGCUCUUUACAUCAGUGUCCCAUCUUUUAGUUAGAAAAACUGAGUCACACUAAGGAAACAUUAUUAUUGCAUUAAAACUAGAUAGAGCUUAUUUUCUUUCAGCAAAGAAUGAAAUUAUGAGGCUGAAACUUUUUGGGGCACUUCUAGGGUCAGCUGCAAAUCUCUAACAACUUUUUUGUUUGUUUUAGUAAUUAAACACAAUAAUAAAGCCAGGUCAAUGAGGCUGCAUGAAUCAUGCAGAUAGUUAAUGAAGUUUCACAGGUAGGGGCUGAAAAUGCUGGGGGAGAAAUGGGAUUAAAAGAAAAAGAAAGUGGAGGAAAAGGUUUGCUCACACAAUAGGGCUUGGGUGGAAAGGGUAAGCAGCUGUAGAUCCUCUACAAGAGACUGCAGAAAUAAUGCACAAAGACAGGUAAAAUGUGCAGAAUGUGUGUGUACGCUCCAGUGAAUUAUGGACACAUUGUAGAGUGAAAUUCUCAAUCCAACAAACUUGAAAAAAGGAAGUUUUAAUCAUAUAUUGCUUUACUUUUUACUUUGUCACAAAAAUCCAUAGGUUUCAAAUUCCAGAUCAAGUUGAGGCUUACCAAAUGUAACAUGAGUUUUAUGAGGAGUUUGGCUGCUGUAACUUUGCCUUCUAUAACUGUGUUUUUUAGAAUAAUGAGGAAAAGUCAUAAUGUGGGAACUUUUUGUUUGUGUUUAUUUCAUGAGCGGAACAAUGAAAUCUACCAUAAUCUUGCAGACAAGGAAACUAUGACAUGGAAGCAAAUGGCAAAAAUAUAACCAUUCCUAUCUGAAAUAAUGAAGUACUAAUGUAAAACCAAUUGUUUCACUCAAUAAAACUUUAAUUUUUCAGUAAA